UCAGUUUUGAGAUUUAUAUAUAAAUAUAUACAGUAGAUUAAGUUAUUAUAGUCAAAUAUGUCUUGCAUAGAUUAUAGACCAUCUGGUGAGGAAGUGGUAAGAGGGGUAGACUAAAAGCAAAGCGAUUGGCUCAUGCUGGGGACCAACAUGACCUGUUUGUUGAAGAUGCACUGGUCUCCGGAGCACGCAGCCCCCUUAUCCCAGUGGCCUGAGCAGCACCUAGAUGUCACCUCUACCACCUCACCCCCUUCUGCCCACAAACACGACCCCUAUGCUGCUGCUCGCCGCAGCUAUGCCCCCGCAGGUUACCCCUGGGCCAGCGAUGACAUAUCAGCUCUCACUGCCUCUUCUCUGCUCAAACGCUAUGCUGAAAAAUACUCAGGACUGGAGCUGCCCUAUGAGCGGGCUGCCUCAGGAGCCUACUCAGAGCCUGGAACUUUCCUGAAAACUGAAUCUGAGCCCUGGACACUGGGUCAGGGCAUGGAGUGUUACCCUGGUCUGGAGGCCUUAACAGGCACUAAACCAGGUGCUGCAUCUGUGGGUGUCCCAGCCACAGGAAGUGUGACAGUAGUGAGCAGUAACUUGGGCUCUGACCCAGGCUACAGCAGCGCUGGCUCUUGCAGUGCCCCCUCAUCUCAGGAAUAUCCUCCUGCCUACAAUAGCACCUACCUGUCCUCAGGAUACUGCCCUCAGCCCAGCGCAGCACUUCCCCCUGCUCCUCUACACUCUCUACAGGCCGCACCCGCUCUGAUGCCCAGCUACAGUCCCAGCACCCCUGUCUACAACUACCCUCCAGGGUGCUACCCUCACACCCAGACUAGCUUGGCCUCUGGAUAUAGCCACCCCAGUGCCUCCUACCUGCCCUCUGGGCUUAGUGCCCCAACUCCACUGGCCCCUAGGCCCACUGUGGUGGGGGGCAGUUACGGCUACCCCACUCACAGCCUGGGAGGGAGCUCUGAGACGGGGGUGCCACUCAAACGCAAGGCCUUUGAAAUGGCAGAAGAAGGAGAGGAAGGAGGAGAGGUGGAAGGCUCACGCUACAGAAAGUAUGGUAACGGCCACGGAAACAGUCACAGCAAAGGCCACGGCAAUGGGCACGGCAAUGGCUAUGAUAUGAGCGGCUCAGCCUCAGACCCGCAGGCCUACAAACCUGGAAAACCCCUGAUGUCUCCCCCAUAUGGUGGGGCAGGGGACUACAGCCCACCAUCAGGCCUGGCUGGGGAGAGCGGAUCAGGGGAGCACAACUUUCCGCACCAGCAGAGAAUGUCUAUGAAGAUACCUGCAUCGCAUGCACGAUCUGAGGACCCCACUGGAGGGCGCUGACAGCUCAGGUUGGCAUUUGAGAGGAACAAGCUUCUAGUCCCUCACUCUUUAAAACCAACCAUGGUUGUUAGCUCAGAUGACUUUGGAGGAAAAACGCCGGAUUUGGCAAUGAGAGGUUUGAUUUGACUAGUGAACGCAAGAGGGCACAAGACUGGUAUCUCCUGCUCAUCUUUAACAUUUUCAUUAUUCAAAUUUCUCCAAAGAGUCACAGGGGCAUUUCGCCCUAUAAGGUUAUGGUAAGGGUUAGGGAUUGGGUUUUACGUAUACUCUACAUAGAUGUAUUAAGGCAGUCUAAAUGUAUGAGUGACUGUUUCUCUCAGGAUCCUAUUUAUUUCCUUUCUGCUACUGUAACAGCAUUACUGCAAUGUUGCUGUUUUAGAAGUUGGUGAUAAUAUAUGUGGCCAUUAUAUAUGUAAAGGGCCUUUGACUGCAAUACCUUCUACCACACCACAAGAAUCAUUUCAGACCAAAAACGAAGGAGAGCAAUAACUGAAAUGGUGUGAUUGCCAUACUACUUCAGCACAAUCACUGCUACUUUACAAGCUGAUUCCAAGGCUUGGUGCCUCAUUUGGCUUUGAGAAAUGAAUGUUUCCCCGCUCAGCCCUCGCUUCCCCCCCUUACAUUACAUAUUCUUGACUUUUUCUUUAUUUCCUUAACCCUUAUUCUCUCUGUUUCUUCAUCCUUCAACCCUGCCUUUUGUUCACAUUCUUUUUCACUGUUCAAGUACUUUCAUUCUUCUUCAGUUAAUUCAUACCAAGCUGCUUAUCAAAUGAUUAGGUAGUAAUACAAAAAGCCGCCCUGUGGAUUUUUUUUUUUUUUUUAGGUUUAAACAAAGAGUGUGGGAAUAAUCUGAGAUUUUAUGCUCAUUUUGAAAAUUUAUUUAGCAUCGACAAAAAGGACAGAAUAUAUGCAGAUCUUCUUCAAAGCGUGUUGUUUACAUGCAGAUUUUCAACGUCUAAUCCCAAAACUAAGAGGUAUAUUUUCAAAAGAACACAAGAGUAAUGUACAGUGACGCCUGAUCCAGCCUUUGCCUUGUCUGCACCAAUUUAAAAGUAAUAAUGACUAGACGAAUCAAUCAAAGAAAAAACAAAACAACCAUUACAUAAUUCACCAAAAAAUCUGUUAAGUGUUAAUCCUCACUCAUCUGAGAAGGACAGAUGCAUGACCCAGAUGGAUAGACAUGCAGUGAUGUGCAUGCAGGUUACAGUGGAGAAGUAAUUUCUUAUGAGUGAGUGCCUCUUUUCAUUUCUACUCCACGUUCCAUUCUUAUGAAAAUAUACCUGUUUGUCUGCCCGCAUUUUCCUUUUUCUCAAUAUGCAUUCUUUUUACUUUUGCCUCUCAAAAGGACGAUUUAUAGUCUUGUUAUUGAAUACUCAGGAAGAUUAUUGUUACCUCAGAAUGAAAAUGAAAAAAUAAGAAUGUAUGUAUUACCUUAGGGUGUUUUUUAGGGAGCUUUAUGGAGCAAGAUGAUAACAGAGUCAUGGCUUUGUUUCUUGAAGAGUAAAACAUACAGUCUGAACACUUCAGGGAAACAACAAACUUAUAGCGCCUUCGAUAUUUACAGGAGAAUACACACACACACACACACACACACACACACACAUU